CAAAACAACUUUGCCAGCAUGGCUGCCUGCAGUCUCGUUCAAUAUGUUGUCAUUCGAAGUGAUCUGAAAACGGUUCUACAAUGGCCUCUCGGAGCUUUAAUGGCGCAAGCAUGUCACGCUUGUACUGCCGUCACCCACCUUUUUUACCAAGAUCCAAACAUGCAGACUUAUUUGGCUGACUUGGACAACAUGCAUAAAGUCGUGCUGGAGAUUGCUGAUGAGCCAUCAAUCAAAGCUCUUGCAGAAAAGCUUACAGAAAAGAAAAUUGAUCACAAAUUAUGGAUUGAACAGCCAGAAAACAUCCCAACCUGCCUCGUUACCAAGCCUUAUCCUAAAACAGAAAUCCAAUCACAUUUCAGGCAUUUAAAACUAUGCAAAGGUUAAUUUAUGUAACUGCAUACAUUCUGCCUAAUUUCUUACCCAUUUUGUGGCGAAAAUGGGUAAAGAAGUGCUAAAAAUGAAUAAUUUUCAACCAA